AUGUUUUUAUAUUGUAUUACAUGGCUGUUUCCUGGUGCUCUCAUGUUACCAUACGUAUUUACACAUAUUUUACCAAUGGCAUUUGCCUAUAUGUUUAUGAUUAUAAUCUAUAUUGCUCUCUGGUCUGCUAUAUAUUUUUUUAUGGUAUAUAUAUUCGCAGCAAUGCCCGGAGUUAAAAUUUUAUGUUGUUUAUAUUUACCGAGAAGCCUGUUGCAACCAUAUUAUAGAAUUGCAUUUACCUUGAAUACUAUUGCACUUAGUAUAUAUACAUUUCCAAUAUUACUUACAGUAUUAUAUAAUUAUUCACAAUAUUUAUAUUAUGGUGAAAAUUAUAUUCAAACAAUGUCAAAUGAAUACAAUUCGCGUGAUACUGCAACAUAUUUGGCUAUAUUUAGAAAUUCAGUUAAUGAAAAACUUCAUACUCUUUUAAAUUUUAUAUAA